CGGUUCCCGGCUUCCCGCUUCUCGCAUCUGGCACUCAAUUUUUGGUGGCGCCAAAAGCUCGAAUUCGCGGGAAAAAACAGAACCCCGCUCGAUCUAAUCUCUCUCAUCCCCCUAACCCGAUCCGAUCUAUAGCUAAGUUGACGCGCCGGAACUUACUCCGCCUCGCUGCGAUUCGGAACCGAAAAGAUGUUCGGAAGGCUGAGACCGCCGUCGUCUUCGCUCGACAGCUUGGAAAUGGAGAGGUCCCAUUCCAAGUUCUUAAAGGACGAUUCUCUCUCCGUCUACGAAGCUACGCUGAUGAAGCUCAAGCUAGGUUCUCAACGUGCCGUACUCUUGCCUCCUCACCCUGAUGACGAUCCAAUGGACGCCGAAACCGACAGCGUCUCUUCUUCUUCUUCUUCGACUCCUUCAAUCGGUACUUCUCCCGGGUUCAAUUCCACCAUCCCACUAAACCCCGCCAACUCUACUUCCCAACCACCGACAACAGCGGCUGGAAGUUGUGCGUCUUUCACCAUUUCUUCAUCUUCAAGUGAUGCUACCGAGCUGAAACACCAGGUUUCAGUUCUUCAACUUUUCUCCAAGUACAAAGUGUCUCGACAAGACGAGUCGAUCUCGUCUGAUAGAGGUAUUACUACAAUGACCGUGGACUACGGUGUGUCUGUAAAUAACUCCCCCAGCUCUGUGGGUUUUCCAUCCUCUAUGACUUUGGGAGGCGGCAGCAGCAGCAGCAGCAGCAGCAAUGGCUAUUCUGCAGAUUGAUCCUUCAGUUCUUGAAUCCCUUGUCAAAUGUACAAUUUUGAUUUGUACCCAGAAGCUGAUUCUAUGUUUCAGCAUUGUUUCAGUUCUUUACCUUUGCUUCUACAGCGCUUACGAAGGCAAACCCUACUUGAUCUUGUAUUCUUGUAC